GGGCAGCGGAAUUAUUCAUUCUCUCUCAUCAGCUUCAGAGAUGGAGAAGAAUCCCUUUGUUCAAGCGGGAGCCUUGUCCACUGACUUGGGUGAGAUUCCGCAUGCCUCUCCGUUUCCUACUCCCUUUGAUCAAGCUGGAGCAAUUGAUGGUGGCGUGGAUCAAUUGAAGGAUUCUUGUCGUUUUAUUCCGCUAUGUCAAAUAUUAAAAGCGACUAAUGACUUUGACGAUGCAUUAGUUAUUGGAACUGGGGGAUUUGGUAAGGUAUACGAAGCAAACAUUGACGACGGUGCUACAACCACCGUUGUUGCCAUAAAGCGGUUGAGUGCCGUGUCCAAUCAAGGCGCUGAAGAAUUUUGGACAGAGUUAAAGUUGCUUUCAAAGUUCCGGCAUGCUAAUCUCGUUUCGCUCAUCGGUUAUUGCAACGAGAAUCAGGAGAUGAUUAUUGUUUACGAAUAUAUGACUGGGGGGACUCUCGCCAAUCAUCUUUACAAAACAAGUACUAGAGAAGAAAGUGGUGGAAGUAGAUCUCACCUAACAUGGGAGCAAAGGCUCAACAUUUGCCUUCAUGCUGCACUUGGACUCGACUACCUUCAUAAUGGUACCUUACACGGUAUCAUACACCGAGACGUCAAGAGCACAAACAUUUUGUUGGACGAGUAUUUGGUAGCAAAGGUUUCCGAUUUUGGGUUAUCUAAAAGCACUACCCAUACAGCAACCCACGUUAGCACAAUGGUCAAAGGAACUAUGGGAUAUUUGGAUCCAGAAUACCUCCUCACUUGUCGACUGACCAAGAAAUCUGAUGUUUUUUCCUUCGGCGUGGUGUUGUUGGAAGUCUUGUGUGGUCGGCGAACGAUUGAUGUAAGAUUAGAGGAGGAGCAAAUGAGUCUAGUUCGUUGGGCACAAAUGAACAUCAAAGAGGGAACGCUUGACAGAAUCAUCGAUCCCUCUCUGAAUGGAGACACAACACCAGAUAGUCUUGAGUACUUUGCCGAACUUGCCAACGAGUGUUUACAUAUUCAACCAAAGGAAAGGCCUACAAUGACUGAAGUAGUGAAGAGCCUUCAGAUUGCAUUGGUGUUGCAUGAGCGUCAGGGAAGAUCGCAGGGAGCUAUUGCAAAGGCGGGGAUGUUAGGAGGCCUUCUCUCGCGACACAGAAACCCCUUGCUCGUUCCACCGAAUGAGAUUCAGAAGAGCUAG